AUGGCUGCGAGAGAGUCGGGUAGAAUAAAAGAUGCAAAUCAGAAAAGAAUUUUGGACGAUGUGGUACGAAAACGAAGGCAGAGGAAGGCUUUGGAAGCCCUUGAACAGGAUAAUUUUCACGAUGAUCCCCAUGCAGAUUUGGUCAUGAGCAAAAAAGUACCAAAAUUCCAAGAAGCAUUGGAGAGCCGCAGUGUAAGUAGAAAAAAAAAGACAAAAUCAGCUGAAUAUUACAAGCAAAGAUUUCGCAAAACCUUCUCGCAAUUAGUAGAAGAAGACCACAACUACAAUCCAUCACCACCUAAUUAUAGUUCAGCUCAAUCACAGCCCUCCCGAUUUCCAGACAGACACUUUUGUGCUGUUUGUGGAUUUCCAUGCAGUUACACCUGCAUCCCAUGUGGCACGAGGUACUGCUGUAUUAAAUGUUUGGGAACUCAUCUAGACACAAGGUGUUUAAAAUGGACAGCUUAAAACGUGAUUUCGUAUUAUAAUCUGCUUAUUCAUAUUGAACAGUAAAAUAAAUGUGUGAAUGUCAUUGUUUGAUCAAAUAUGAGAAUAAAGUAACUGGACUGUAUGUUUAA